AAAAGGUUCGAUCGUUUGGUUUCUACAUUUAGUCAACAUGUAUUGCGAAAGCUACUGGUCAAAAUGUAAACAAACCCGGGAACAAAUGGUGUCUUGACUCGAGCGGUAGCUACAUAACUGCUAUUGGAUUUACAAAGUGAUGGACAACACUGCCGUCACAACACAGCAACCGUCACCAGGCGGACAGACACCGCCAAAACAACUCCAUAGCAGUGGACCGGUCUCCGUGCGAAAUGCCACCGAAUCAACGGAAGACAGAGAGUUCUUGGGAAGGGUAGUGAUCGACGGGUUUGAAGGGAAAUAUAUCCAUGCUACAAACCGAGAAAGCUUACCAGCAAUGCAAACUAUGUUUGCAAACCACAUGAGAGGGAGACCUCCAUUGUUUUAUGAAAGACAUUUCAUCGCAGAAUACAACGGGGAGAAAGCUGGUGCAAUUGUAUUACGUUACCACGGAGAUUCGGAACUUUUCCCAGGGAGAGAGGAAGACCUGCCGCCUGUAGGGUGUUGUAAUACGUGCGGAAUUAUCCUAUUAGAGAUGGCAGUGCCUACCGAUACUCCACCUGGAAAAUGUUUAAUAGAUAUGAUUUGUGUUGACACGAAAUUCAGAGGUAAAGGCAUUGGGAAAGUCCUAUUAGACAUGGCUGAUAUGGACGCUAAGAAAAGAGGAUGUAAGGAGAUCUUUCUGUGGGUAUCUUCAACCAACCGGGCUAAACACUUGUACGAAAGGCAGGGAUAUACUUACAAAAACAAGCGAACUUUGUGUUGUUGUGGCAUGUGGUGCGGAACCGGAGAAAGGGAAAUUGUACGCAUGGAAAAAGUGCUGGAGUAGACGAAUAGAUGAGCUCGAGUUGAGGAAAAGGACUUUAAGCUUCUACAAAAGCCCCUACAAUAACACUCAUAUCACAUAAAGAUGUCUGUUACAAUAUUUUUAUGAAUUUUUUUUUAUAUCAACUUGCAAGGAUUUCUUUGCAAGAAUUUACUCAAUUUAUACAUUACAUUUUAUGAAGUUUACAAUUUGAUCAUUGUGUUGAGUGUGGCUAAUAGAAAUAUUCCCCUAGAAUUGUCUCUGUAGUUAGUGGUAACCAGGGACGCAUCUUCGUCCCUUGAUGAACUUCAUGCAUAUAUAUUUACAUCUACCAAGCAUAAUUUCCUCUAUUUCUUACGGAAACUUAUAGUCAAUUCAUAGCGCUAAAGAAACUGCCAGACUGAAAUCUACACGCCCUUAUUUAUCGAUUGGUCGAAAUCUACAGCGGCUGAAAGUGACAGGACUGAAAUUGACACGCCCUGUUUAUCGAUUGGUCUGAACCUACAGCGACCUUAGUAAAAUCCCGGACUGCACGAAAUAAUCAUGACGGUGCAAGACUCAAAGUCUCACAAAAGACGAUAUGGCUGUUUCUUUUAGCUUACGUACUUUUGUACAUUAACAGUAAUUUAGUGAAUUUUACUAACUUUUCAUAAUCAGUUUAUUAAAUAGUUAAAGAAAGAUGUUUAUAUAAAGUAAACGCUAACGCAGGUUAUGUAUUUUCCCUGCAAUGUCGCUACCUUCAUAUCCCGAAUGAAUCACCAAAGAAAGCAUUUUAUUUUUUAAAUCAACAUGAUCGAUCUGUUUUUACGUCUCUGAUUUAUGAUAUCUUUUUUUUUAUCAUUUUAUCUUGCAAAUGUUUUUUGGCGAGAUUUUUCUACAUGUGAAAUUAAAUAUUUGUAUUAAUCAAAUAAAAAUCAAACAAACACGUACA